ACUCAGCUCCCCCGCCCGCUGUGUGAGUCCGCAGAGCGACCGGCCCUAGGGGCGCAUGCGCAGUAUAGGGCUGCUGCUGCGCUGAGGUUGUUUCCGGGUCGCAGGGAUCCGUUCCGGGGCUUGGAAGCGAGUCUGGGAAGCUGCCGCUGCCGGGUGUUAACUAUUCAUCUGUGUACCUGAUGCUGAAAUUUGUUCCUCUUUCGAUUGAGGAGACCAUUGUUAUGAUUCUCCGUGACUAAGUACCAUUCCCCCAUCGUUGUGUUACGUUCUAUACCAGGCUGAUGCAAUGAUGAAUUCUCAAAGUUUCUCAUUACCAACAAUGGUGCCCAGUAGCUCUGUUAUUAAUAGCUCUGUGACUAGUAACUUGUCAACGAACAAUCCACCCAGCAAAGCAGUUCUCAUUAGCAAACCGUUUAAAUGCUCUGAAUGUGGCAGGUCUUUUGCCCAGCUGACGGAGCUGGAGCUUCAUGAGAUGUCUCACGCUGCAGAGCGACCGUAUCGCUGCGAGCUCUGUGGAAAGACCUUUGCGCAGACAUCAGCUCUGGUGAAGCAUCAGCGUGUUCACACAGGAGAGAAACCUUACAAGUGUCCCAUGUGUGGGAAGACCUUUGCCCUGUCCUCUGGCCUGGUACUGCACAAACGCAUUCACACUGGCGAGCGGCCGCACACCUGCCCGCUCUGCGGCAAGAAAUUCAUCUCCUCCUCCCACCUGGCCCUGCAUCUGCGCUCGCACACGGGUGAGAGGAAGUACAAGUGCAGUGUGUGUGGGAAGCUCUUCCUACAGUCCUCGCACCUUGUGAGGCACAAAGCAAUCCACACAGGGGAAAAGCCCUUUAAAUGUGAGGACUGUGGGAAGAACUUUGGGCGUGCCUCACACCUGAAGACUCACAGACGUGUUCACACAGGGGAGAGGCCUUUCAAAUGCACCCAAUGCGAAAAGGCCUUCACACAGAAGGCAGGACUGAUCCUGCACAUCCGCCUGCACACUGGUGAGAGGCCCUACAAAUGUGACAAGUGUGGGAAAAACUUCCGUUCCUCCGCUCACCUCAUGUCGCAUCAGCUCCUUGAGUCUGGGGAGAGGAAUUUCAAAUGUACCACAUGCAGUAAGGCCUUUAAGCAGGCCUCAUCUCUCAAACAGCACUUAAAAACACAUGAAGCCCGUGAGCCUCACCGCUGUUCUGUUUGUAGUCGAACUUUUUCUAGGUCCUCUUAUCUCCAGCUUCAUAUGAGAACGCACAGUGGGGAGAGGCCCUAUCACUGCAUGGUUUGCAACCGGACUUAUGCCAAAAUGUCUACAUUUGAGAAACAUUGUAAAAAGCAUCAGCAGGACGAAGAGAGGUGUGAUAUCAGGCCCAGAGCAAUGACUACAAGGGCAAAAGCACUGGCUGAAAAGAAAAGGCAAGAGCAGAAACGACAGCACCAAGAUGGCUGCCCAGAACAUCAUCAUCAGCCUGACAGAGAGCACCAACAAGACGGAGAGCACCCCCUAGAGAAGCCCCACGGGCUCUGCAGACAUCCACCUGAGCCACAGACUCCAGCACUGUGUCUAAUUACCGAUGUGAUCUCUCAGAUGGAACUAGAGGAAGAGCCAUUGGUUCUGGAAAGGGAGAACCUAAGAAGCACCUGUACAGCAGGCCAUGGGAUGGUGCAUGAGAAUGAGGAGGAGAGUCCUCAACAGGGAGGUCCUGAGCAAGUGGAACUUCAUGUGACGUUACUGGGAAGAUCCAAAGCGCAGGGAAAUUUCUGCCCUCUUGAGCAGGGAAAAGCUUCUGAGAGUCCUGGCAGGUCCAAAAGAGAGCAAAGAAACCUUCCAGCGAAAAGACUGGGGAAAUUCAUCCAGCUUGGGGGAGGUGACCUCAAUGAGCUCCCAAUCCCGCAGAGACGCCACACGGGAGACGGAAAGAACACAUGCCCCGAUUGUGGGAAAAGUGUCCGUGGGCGCUUAGGUCUUACUAGACAUCAGAGAAUCCACUCAGGCGAGAAGCCCUACAGGUGUCUUUUGUGCGGGAAAGGCUUCACCAUCAGCUCCACCCUGGCUAAGCACCGGCGCAUCCACACUGGGGAGAAACCCUACCAGUGCCUCAGCUGUGGGAAGAGCUUCAUCCAGAGCUCGCAGCUCAUCACCCACCAGAGAACACACACGGGCGAGAAGCCCUACCAAUGCCCCGAAUGUGGGAAGGGCUUCAGCCGGAGCUCCCACCUCAUUAUCCACCAGAGGUUCCACACUGGAGAGAAGCCCUAUGAAUGCCCCCAAUGCGGGAAGGGCUUCAGCCAGAGCUCCAACCUGGCCACACACCAGAGAGUGCACAUGGGGGAGCGACCGUACCAAUGCUCCCAGUGCGGGAAGGGCUUCACACAAAGCUCGGACUUCACCGCCCACCAGCGGCUGCACAUGGGCGAAAGGCCCUACCGCUGUGCUGAGUGUGGGAAGAGCUACACAAACAGCUCCGCCCUCAUCAAACACCAGAGGAACCACACAAGGGAGCGGCCCUACAAAUGCCCCGAGUGCAGGAAGGGCUUCAGCCAGAGCUCCGCUCUGCUUGCCCAUCAGCGGAUCCACACGGGAGAGAGGCCCUACAAGUGUCCUGAGUGUGGAAAGGGAUUUUAUGCGCGGUCCCCCCUUAUUGCACACCGGAGAACCCACACCGGCGAGACACCCUACAUGUGUCUGGAGUGCGGGAAGGGCUUCCGCAAGAAAGCCAGCCUGAACGUGCAUCAAAGAGACCACCUAGCAGAGGAACAAUGCCCUGACCAGGGCUGUCCCCAGUGAACAGCAUCCAUGGCCAUUUCCACAACACACGCAGGUAUUUGGCUUCUCAGCACCAUCCAUCUGCACAUCUGUUGGGUCAGCUGGCUGCAGGAUCCACCCCUAAGCUGACUGGUGGUGAUCCUCUAGCAAGUCCUAGGUAGAGAAGAAGCCCACAUCAUCUCCUAUUUAACUGGUGCAUCCCAAGCUGUAAAGCUGCUAGGCCCUCGGUCUCUUGUCAACAUGGGAAGAGAGAGGGAAACCCCUCCAGGAGCCCCUUUUUCCUCACGUGGGCAGUGGCUGGGAGAAAGCUACAUGGCUCAGGCCCUAAACUAACUCAAGAGACCUAUCGCCACCCCCCCCCCCCAGACCAUGGCUGGGCUCUCAAACUGAUCCAGAACUGUAGCUUGAAUUUGCUCAUACAACCUUAAUUCUGGCCCCUUGUGCAAAUACAUGAUGGUACAAUUUUAAUUUACACUGUCGUAUACCAUUUUUUCCCACAGGGCUCCUACCUCAUUCAUCGCCCAGAAUGGAUGCAUCGGGCAACCUGAACUAUAGGGGUCUCUAUGCAUGCUGCCUGUAAUGGAAUGUUCCCCUCCAUUCUCUCCCUGCCCUUUGCCUUCUCUCUCCCAUUUGGGUGCCCAGGGUCAUUUGGGGCCACUUACAUUAUUGUCUUGAAAGUGCCUUGAAUUGCCAGUGGAGCCAACCCCCAUUUUCUGCCUACCUAAAUUACUCAUUUCUCCCUGGCAAGCUCCUGGAAAUCCUGUCCUGAAUGGUCAGUGUGUCCCACACCAUUUGUGAUGAAAUACUCGCCGAGCUGCUAUUAGAGCCCUGCAGAAAGCAAUUGGAGACCUAUGUCUCAUCCUAAUGCUGUCUGAGCUGAGUCUGCAGUACGGUCGUUCCAUUUUCAAUUGUCACAACCUCAUUCAGUGCCAGGGAGGAACAAGUCUUCAGUCUGAGGCAGAAGAAUAAAACAAAAGGAGAAAAAGUUCUGCCAGCAAAACAGAUUGAUUGGGAGCAGUAACACUGAUUGGGAGCAGUUUUAAGCUUAAUCAAAAUAAGCUGCUCUUAAAUUGAAAUAAGCGUGUCUACACAGGGAUAUGCAGAGUUUUAACUAAACGAGCUUAAAUUCCCACCUUAUGUUAAAGUGGUACAAGCCCUCAGUGCAGCCUUGCCAGCCCCAAGCAUACAAAAAUCAUGAGGUCAACCCCCAAAACAUGAGAUUUGGCUUAAAAGUCUGGAGGGGUUUUAAAAAUAAUACGUUUUAAGUUUUUGUUUCUUCUGGUUUCUGAGCCGUUAAUGUGCACGUGCGUCACAUUUUCAGUCUUUUCCCUGCAACUAUGAGGGCUAGAAUCUCCCUUGAAAAGAAAAGAAAGUUGAGCUUUUUAUGCCGUCUCUUGAUUCUAGCAGCUGGGGCUGGAAAACACCAAAUAUUAUGAGCUGCAUUACAUUUUUAAGAGUUGGUAACACAAUAUCAUCAUCUGCUUCUUCACAUAGGUGUGUGUGUGCACCCAGCGCACUGGAGCAUGAGAAAUUUGCCUAGUGGUACCUGUAGAGGGUGGCACUUGCACCCCAUGGCCAUAGCCCUUCCCCUGGCUACAUGAAGUGGUGCCACCCCAACCCUUUCUCAGUUUUUAUUUCUUGGUCAACUGUAACAUCCCAUGUUUAAUUCAUUCUUUUAAACACUGUCAACACUAUCGUCUAACCAGUUUUAUUUGACUUUCUGUAAUUUCUUAGCUGCUUUUGAAAUUCUAUUGUGGCUAAUGAAUGGAUACAUUUACCGUACGUCCCCAGUCUGUAUUUUAGCUGAGCAACAGAUAUAAAAAGGGCUUGUGUGCUGCUGAAGUGCUUCAGUGCAGAUGCUGCCUAUUCCAACGGGAGGGGUUCUCCUGAUGGCACAGGCUAGGCUGACAGGAGAAUUCCUGUCUAUGCCUGGGGUUAGGUCGGUUUAACUGCCUUGCUCCUGGGUGUGGAAUUUUCACACCCCUGCAUGAUGUGCUUAUAUUCACCUAAUUUUGUAGUAUAGUCUAGUCCUUAGAAACUUGGUGGAUAAUUGGUUCAUUAAAUUAAUUGUCCAAUAUGGUUUAGAAUGUGUAUUUCUUACAUCAUGCAUCUUAAUGAGGGAUGAAGUUCAAAGUCUAAUCGUCAAUGCUAACAUGAAGUGCAGGCAAACAUACUUGUCUUAAACCCAAAUGAGUUAUAUAUAAAAAGCAAAAUUAGUGCAAAACUAAAGCUGCUUGUUUAAGAUGAAUACAGAGAAGGAAGAUGGUUCGAGGGUUGGGCACUAAUCUAGCCCUUGAGAGAGACUAGUUCAAGUGCCUGCUCCAUCAUAGAUUUUCUGCAUGAACUUGGGAAAGUCACUUAGGCCCAGUUCCACAAAAGUGUUAGGAACCUAAAUCCCUUUGUGGAUCUGGGCUUCUGGGCCUCAGCUCCCCAUCUGUACAAUGGGGAUAACAGCACUUUCCAACAUCACUGGGGAGUUGUGAAGAGAAAUACAUUAAAGCUUGUGAAGCGCUUGGCUAUAGCACUGAUGGGGACUAUAUAAGCACUUACGAUAGAUAGAACUGCAAAAGCUAAGAUUUGUAUAGCAGGGUUUGCUGAGCUAUGUAAAUCUGUAUAUGAUCAUAUAGUGAUGUAAACCCCGUACAAGCACCAGAAGGGUUAAGGGAGCCUGAGAAGGUCAGUAACCUCACUGAUUGCACCUGGGGAGGGGGUGGUCAGGUGAAGGGGGUGGACUUAGGAGAGAGAAGGUCAGUUGGGAGAGGAGAGCAAGCAUCUCAGAGAGUGAUUAAGAAAAAGCAGAAAGCCUACAAGGAGUGGAAGAAGGGUGGGAUUAGCAAGGAAAGCUACCUUAGUGAGGUUAGAACAUGUAGGGAUAAAGUGAGAAAGGCUAAAAGCCAAAUAGAGUUGGACCUUGCAAAGGGAAUUAAAACCAAUAGUAAAAGGUUCUAUAGCCAUAUAAAUAAGAGGAAAACAAAGAAAGAAGAAGUGGGACCGCUAAACACUGAGGAUGGAAAGGAGGUUAAGGAUAACCUAGGCAUGACCCAAUAUCUAAAUAAGUACUUUGCCUCAGUCUUUAAUAAAGCUAAUGGGGAGCUUAGGGGUAAUGGAAGGAUGACAAAUGGGAAUGA